ACACAUUUUAAAAAAUUCCUAGAUGAGAUGAUUAAUCUUAAUGACAGAUAGGACCUCUGGAAAAAUAGUUUUAUUCUUUGAUGACGAAUGGCAUAUAUAGAUGAAAACAUAAAAUUUAAGAACAAUAAGGGCUAUCGGAAGGAAACACUUAUCAAAGAUCACAAUGAAUCAACAAAAGUUGGCACUGCUUCUAGGCACCAUACUGUUGGUUGUCUUGAUACCGGCUAGAGCUCAGUAUAGUAUCUCCUCAUAUACGAGUCACAUGGGUGGUCAUGGCGGAGGUCGGAGAGGAGGUUAUGGUAUGCCUUACACAGGUGGUCAUGGCGGAGGUCAUAGCGGUGGUUACGGUAUGCCUUACACAGGUGGCCAUGGCGGAGGUCGGAGAGGAGGUUAUGGUAUGCCCUACACUGGUGGCCAUGGUGGAGGUCAUAGUGGUGGUUAUGGUAUGCCCUACACAGGUGGUCAUGGCGGAGGUAGUAGAGGAGGUUAUGGUAUGCCUUACACUGGUGGUCAUGGCGGAGGUCAUAGUGGUGGUUACGGUAUGCCUUACACAGGUGGUCAUGGCGGAGGUCAUAGCGGUGGUUAUGGUAUGCCUUACACUGGUGGCCAUGGUGGAGGUCAUAUAUUUGGCAGGAGAGGAAGAUAUUAAUACUUUAGCUCUCAAUCAUUUGACGGUGGACCAUUUAAACGUUGUAGAAAAAGUUUUGGAACUUUCAAAAUAAGAUUCGUUAUCAAUGUUAAACAUCAAAUAGGCAUACCUCCUUUGUUAUUAUAUCUUUUUUGCCUGAGAUAAGUGAAAUUUAUUGUACAUGUAAACAAUUAAAUGAAAAUGCGAUUUGUAAAAUAUUUUGUUAUUUACGUUAAUUUAUCCUGAGAAUAAAUACAAAAAAAAAAUUGUCCGUCCGGAGCUUCAACGUAUCUUGUAUGAUAAUGAUAAUAAUAUUUUAUUCAGAACUGUUUACCAGUGAAAUAUGGGCUAUAUUAUUAAGAAUGACCUUAUUAUUUAGUUAUUGCCUUAAAUGGAUAGCAAACUACAUGCACUUGUCGAGUGAUAUGAUUUCGUCGUGUGCAUUCUCUAAUAUAUAUGAUUGAAUGAUAAGAAACUUGAAAGAUGACAAAUUGAAUAUUAUGUAAUAUAUCAACAUAACCAUGGACGUAGAUUAAAUAAACUACUGUUUUAAACAAUGUUAAUGUUAUUGUAAAGCUGAACUAUGAAAUUAAAGAAAAUAAAACAGUGAUUUUUUA